UUUUUUUUUUUUUUUUUUAAAAAAAAAAAAAAACUAAUUUCAGUUUUCUACAAGUUCUUUGUCACUGUUCUAUUCAUUUAUUCGACUAUAGGGUUUUGAUCUUUAUGUGUUAUGAUCUUGUUUGGUUCCUAAGAAAAGUUGGGAAAAGGAAAUAAAUUAUAAAAUUUAGAAUCAGGGGAACAUGAUUAGUGCCCGAGUCAAGAAAAACCUACACUUCACUAUAUCCUCUUGGGGUAGAUUAUUUUUUUUUGGAGAAAAAAAAUUAAAUAUCAGAUUUCAAUUUUAAAAACAGUGAACGUAAUGGAAAGAAAGAUAGCAAUACUUUGAGUUAUCCAAGUUGCUUGGAGACCAAAGGGAGGAUUAGCUGCAGUUCUAAUUGUUUUAGAUUUUUCUAUUAUUUCCCUCAAAUAUCUUGGCAACUAAAUGGAUGGUUAGCUUCUUAUGUAAGCUUGGAAAUUGAGGUGUUUUAAAGUGUGUGGGCUGUUGGAGAUAAGUAAGCUGGUAAAGGGAACCUUAUGGGAAAUACUAUGGCGAUUGAUGUAAUUGGAUCAUUGAAGAUGGGCUGGGUGAGCAGUAGAGGUGGUCUUGGGAGGUGAGGGAGAGAGCAACAAUAGAGGUAGUGGAGAUGGAGAGCCAGAUCCUAGGGGUUGGGGAGAGAUUGCUUCUUGCAAGGAGACAAAGCAGACGGAGGCUCACUAUUUGUAGGAGUAGCCAAACCAUGGAACUCAGUAUAUCACAAGUGCUGAAGGCAUGUGGUUGAGGGACAAGUGACUGGCUCUCUGCAUGGUCUAACAUUUCUUAGUGGAAUGACCCCAAUUAGUAGUAGUGGAGAUGGUGAAACCAAUAUGUUCUCAGUUGUAAGAGUAAUGGGGCAAGCUCGUUGGGUAGGAGCACACCACAUAUGUUUGUCAUAAUCUAGAGCUGUCUUUAUGUAAGAUCUCUCUAUUUCUAUUUCGGAAGACCAAUCAAGGUAUUAGUCCCUCGAGGGAAGAUGGGAUGAGCACCUUGACAAACCCUUAACUCCAACCAUUCUUGAGGGAACCCUAGGCUCUACUCUCGACUUAGGCAAGUGUGGGAGCAUCAUGGUGCCAUUGGAAAAUGAAGUGUACAUCAUAGGAGUACACUCAAGCAGAAAAUUCACUCGGCCAAAACGAGGGAGGUCCAAGCAUAUUGGCGUAAGUGAAGAUGGGCAUUCUUAGGCAAAAACUCAAGUCAAUCAGGAGAGGAAGACUCAGCUCUCUAGGAGGCUCCUUGGAUAUUGCCUCAGAAUGCCUUGGCUUGAGACUAAUGUAACUUGCACGUUAGCUUCAGGCGGAUGAAACUUAUCAUGGAGGGAGGAUUUACUCGUGGUGAGAUCCCAUCAGUCCAUGUUUCACCUCAUGAGGCUGACACAUGAGAACAAGUUCAGUAGAGGAGGUGAUGUGCCUUCUACAUGGGUUGCCAUGUGGACCUACAAGUGCAGAAGGAAGCCUUUAUUUUAAGUCAUCUUCAUUGUCUACUAUUAUUUCAGUCUCAGAGAAGCCUGGUUUUCACACCCAACUAUGGCUAUUAGAAUUGGCCAAAGUGCUUAAGCCUGGAGGCAAUAUGUUUUUACAGGAACCAUCCUUCUUCUACAGGAACAAAGAUCUUGUUUUGGAGGAGUCGAGGGCUUGUUUAGAGCGGAACCUUUUAUUUGCAGGGUUUUAUGCAGUUGAGGAAUUUGAAUGCCUUGAUCACUUAGCUGAAAUCGAUUCUACAUCUCAAGAUUUUGAGUUACUUACGAUCAAAGCCAAAAAAACAUAUGAUACUGUGGAAGUUUUUUCUGUUCAGAAGGCACAAAUGCACAAAGCAGAAAACUCUAUGAUUGUAGUAGAUGGCACAUCACAACAACAGAUUGAGGAUUUUGAUGACUUAAUUGACAAAGAUACUUUGUUUAUAGCUGAAGAUUCAAAAAUGCCUGAGUUGCUGCAAGAUGAAAGUUAUCCUGCUUGGGAACGAAUACGUGAAAGAAAUCGUCUCUAUUAGCGCAGAUGCCGAGCACGAAUGACAGAAGAGCAAAAGAACCGUGAAAAGGAGAAGAGAAGGCAGUAUAUGCAGAGUCGCAGAGUUCAGCCUGUAAGUUAUGAAAUGCCCCUUUCUACACCAGUUAGUUACCAAAGUGCAAAAGAAAGUGAACAAAGGCUACGUUCUGGCCAGCAGCUUCAAGAAUCUCACAUCAUUGAAAUAUAAAACAAAAACAAAAAAACACGGCGUGGGAGGCAGGUGAAGCUUCGUAGUUGAGUGAAUAUAAGUAAGUCCGAGUGCUGGUAACAACUAAGUCACUUCUAUCCAAUUAUCGACUUUGCUUCUGACUUUUUAACACGUGGACAAAUAUAAAGUGAAAAUAGUUCUGGCAACCGAAAAUAGUUUACCUCAUAUCACUUGUACAAUUUAGCAUA